UCACUUCCUCUCCAGCCCCUGCGUAGUCGAUAAGGAAACCCGGACUCUACCCCAGCUUUCCUUUUUUCAGGCGGCCGGAAAGAUGGCGGACAUUCAAACAGAGCGAGCCUACCAGAAGCAGCCAACCAUCUUUCAAAACAAGAAGAGAGUCCUGCUGGGAGAAACUGGCAAGGAGAAGCUCCCCAGAUACUACAAGAACAUCGGUUUGGGCUUUAAGACGCCCAAAGAGGCUAUCGAGGGCACCUACAUUGACAAGAAAUGCCCCUUCACUGGCAAUGUCUCCAUCCGAGGGCGGAUUCUGUCUGGCGUGGUGACCAAGAUGAAGAUGCAGAGGACCAUUGUCAUCCGCCGGGACUACCUGCACUACAUCCGAAAGUACAAUCGCUUCGAGAAGCGCCACAAGAAUAUGUCGGUGCACCUGUCCCCCUGCUUCAGGGACGUCCAGAUAGGUGACAUUGUUACCGUGGGUGAGUGCCGGCCCCUGAGCAAGACAGUGCGCUUCAAUGUGCUCAAGGUCACCAAGGCUGCUGGCACGAAGAAGCAGUUCCAGAAGUUCUAAGCCUAAUGGAAGCCUGCCUGCUCCUGAAACGAAAUAAACUUAUUUUAUAGACCA